AUGAAGGGCUCAUUCCUCCUCGCCAUCAUGUGCGCUGCACUCACCGCUGCCAUUCCAACUCCGCCGCCGGACCUCACCAACUUCCUGCUCGUGACUUCCACUUGCUCAGACUAUACCGCCAACAGCAGUCUUCUCCCCAACGUCAACGCCACUUCUCUAUUCGAUCCCAACAAGCAGGAAACUUUCCUACUCCGCCUAAUCGCUCCUGGCUACGGCAGUCUUCCACAAUUCAACAUCUCAAAUUCCACACUUCAGACUGAGUCAUAUGGCCCGGUCGGGUUCACUCUGGAGGAAUACAACAGCACUACGGUCACUUCUGGAGAUGAGCUCGGCUUCGUACCAGCCGUACAGACCAUGGGUAACCUCGGACUCAAGGAUGGAUAUCUGUUGAGUGUACUCGGAGAGACCGAGGGAUGGACUGUCUGUGAUGGAGCUGGAGCUAUCGGUCAGAGUGUGAUCUUCUGGAAGGGUGAAGACGAGAGCUGCGAACCGCGCUACGUCCAUGCCGUGCAGACAGCGCCUUACUGA